AUGGGCCGCGCGCAGCUGCAGGAGAAUACCGACUUCGCUAAACGUGUGAUUAAGUCGGAUACAUCGCCUGAGCCGGUGACGCGCGUGCAGCCGAAGAUUUGCCUGGAAGGCGGUGCGCUUGUUGUCGACGGCGAGGGCACGCUCCUAGCCACGGAGAGUAGCAUCCUCAACGACAACCGCAAUCCCGGUCUCUCACGGGAGGAGAUCGAAGCAGAGCUCCGUCGGUUGCUGGGCGUCGAGAAGAUUGUUUGGUUCCCCGGUAACAAGGGUCUGGAUGUGACGGAUGUGCAUGUCGACGCCGAGGUCAACUUCAUCCGGCCGGGCGUGGUUGUGCUCUCACGCCCGCAUCCAAGUGCGCCCCAGGCAUGGUGGAAGGUUCACAACGAGAUUCGACAGAUUCUGGAGCAGUCGACCGACGCAAAGGGGCGGCGCUUUGAGGUGCACAUCGUGGACGAGCCCGACCCGAAGUGCCUAGUUUGGAGAUGCGCAGCGCGAUCGCGAGGCCGUGGAACUGUGCCAGAGACUGUGUCCGGAGCGAGUCGUUCGACCGGUGCAUGUGCGGGCGCUGGCUUUGGCGGGAGGAGUCAUUCACUGCUCGACACAGCCUGUGAUUGCGGUGGAUUAGUUGCGUCUCUCCCAGCUUCUGCCAUUCCCCCGGGGAUGCUCUCUCCCGCCGAGUCCAUCACCGAGACGAACCGCUACCAGCGGGUGAAUGUCAUGAACAUCCCUCGCACCUGCGGCCUGCUCUCCGCCCGUGAAUUGGACAUUACAGAGCAAUACGAUGUCCACGGGCUGCUACAGUCUAUUGCGGAGAAGAAGUUCUCCUCGGAAGAGGUGCGAGCUGCGAUCGCCCAGCAACUCACCCGCUGCUUGACGGAGCCACUCUUCGACCGCGCCAUCCAGCGCGCAAAGUCCCUGGACCAACAUCUCCAGCAGGCCGGAACCCCCGUCGGUCCUCUCCACGGCCUCCCCAUCACCGUCAAGGAUAGCUUCAACAUCAAGGGCGUCGACUCGACGACCGGCAUCGCCGCCCUGGCGUUCCAGCCCGCCACCGCCAACUCGCCCCUCGUCGACCUCCUCGAGUCCCUCGGCGCCGUCAUCGUCGCCAAGACCAACAUUCCGCAGACGAUGGGCGCCCUGGACAGCUGCAACCACCUCUUCGGGCGCACGCUCAACCCGCUCAACCGCCAGCUGACCGCGGGCGGUAGCACCGGCGGCGAGGGCGCAUUGCUCGCCCUGCGCGGGUCUAUGGUGGGCUUCGGCACGGACAUCGGUGGCAGCAUCCGCAUUCCCGCCAUGUGCCAGGGCAUCUACGGGUUCAAGCCCAGCGUCGGCCGCGUGCCGUUCGGCGGCCAGGACGCCGGCCACGCGCCGGGCAAGUCGCGCAUCGCCCUGCAGGCCGUCGCGGGCCCGCUGGCCCGCUCUGUCGCAGACCUCGGCGCCGUCAUGGCAGAGAUUGUGCCCCGCGCCGAGCUCUUCGCUGAGGACUGCAUUCCCGGCCGCUGGGAGGGCAGCUUCCCUGCCGAGCCGUCGCGCAGCGUCAUCACCAUCGGCGUGCUGCGCUCGGACGGUCUCGUCGAGCCGCUCCCGCCCAUCGCCCGCGUGCUGGACGAGGUCGCCCAGAUCCUGCGCCGGACCCCCGGCGUUGACGUCGUCGAGAUCCCGGUGCCCGCUGGUCUGGCCAAGUGCCAGGCAGUCGCGGGCCGGUUGAUGGGUGCUGAUGGCGGGAACGCCAUGAUGGAUCUGAUCGAGUCCACGGGCGAGCCGUUGAUCCCCUGGUUGCAGGGGCGCACGAAGCGCGGCCGCGAGCUGACUGUGUCGCAGCUGGGCCAGCUGCAAGCGCAGCGGUCGCAGCUCGAGCGCGAGAUGCGGCAGAUGUGGAUGGCGGAGGGCGGGCGGCGUGUCGAUGCCAUCAUCCACCCGCUAGCACCGCAUCCGGUGCCCGAGCUCGAUCGGUACAAUGCCGUCGGGUAUACAUCGAGCUUUGUGCUGUUGGAUUACCCGGCAGGCGCUGUACCCGUGCGGGCGUUUAAGGAGUCGGACUUGGAACUGGGCAAGGAGAUGGCGACGCCGGUGCUUGGAAGCUGGGACAAAGCCAAUCGGCAGUUGUGGGACGAGAAAACGGUCGAUCGUCGGGUGUACCUGGACUCGCCGCUGAGUAUCCAGGUGGUGACUCCCAGACAGCACGACUACGAUCUGUUCCGGGCGAUGGAGCUCAUCGAUCGGGCGAUUCAAACUCACGAGAAUGCGAAGCAGGCUAGCCCGAAGCUGUAG